AUGCAGGAACAGGAGACGAAGUUCUUGGCAGAGGAGAAUGAGAAGAAGUUGAAGAAUCGCAAAGAGUAUGACAUUGGAUGGCGCAUGGACAGUGUGCCCAAGAGCGGGACUGUUGCAGAGCGCCUGGGCUACAGCCCGGCGCCACAGGGGCUCGCCAGCCUCGUUUGGGACGAGGCUGCGAAGACUGUUCGUGUAGCCUCCACCCUUGAGCCAGCGGCGGCGGUCAACUUGGAGUACUUGGUGCUUGCCCUGAAGGUGAGACGGCAAGGUCGGCGCGAGCCCUUGUUCUCACUGGACCCGGUUGACCCUCAGAACAUGGAGAAGACACCUCAAAAGAAAGUGUUCGAGCCGGACUGGCUUGCUGGAACCAGCGUCGGCAAUGUGAUGUUCCAGGCUGACUACUUUCUGAAGGAGCUCGCCUUAGGCGAGUACACGAUGCCUAUUGUGGGAAUGAUGAGCGUCUUCGACUGGUCCGAAGUGCUGGAGAUGCACCACCAAUGGACAGGUCGCGAGUGGUUCGUGGUGAAAAAGGCUGAGGUCCGUCUGGCCGAGGACAAGACCUUGGUGCCCUUCGUCAAGAUGGGCGUGGAGGCCCGCGAGCAGGUGCUGACUGCCGAAGGGCUCCGGGAUGCGCCCAUCACCGGCGCCAACCAUCCGCUCCGAAGGUUUGCAGAUGCAUUCACUCGCAACUUCGACCUCAUUGCGGAGAGGAAGAGUGUGGUGUACCACUUGCGCGAGCUGGCCAAGGCCUCCGUUGUCGCGAAGUUUCUUGUGGACUCCGGUGCCAAGUUGGACCAGCGUUGGCUUGAUCUGGCCGACGAGAUUGUCGAGAAUAAGGUGCCGGAGGCCUUCCCUGAGAUUCCGCAGCUUUGGAACAUGCGGGGUCUCUCGCGCAUCCGCUUGGAGAAUGGCAAGGUCGUGGACACUGAGACCGGCUUAGUCACGAAUCUGCAUGCCAUCUACGGUGGCGUGGAGUUUGGCUUGGAUCGCUUCGAGCUGGCUCAGCGCCGACCGGGCAUCCCGGUGCCGGGAAUGGCUAUGCAGCAGUCUCCCUUGCAAGGCAUGCAGCUGGGCCCUUCCGGGCGGCCCAUGUUCAUGCCGCAGCGAUUCCAGCUGAGCCAGCGGGGAGAGAUGCCACAGGGUGUGGACUUGAAUUUGGACCAAUUCAACCUGACGGAAGUGGAGCAGUUUGCUGGUACCCUCCCUGCCUGCAGCGGUGACGCGAAGUCCCUGGAAGCGCGGGUAACAUUGGGUCGGGCCUUCUUGGAAAGCCUGCGAUCUGGCUUUGGCAAGGACAUGGCGAAUGACAACAAAGAGCUUUUGAAGGGAAUCUUCAACCCUGCACUGGCAGACAGGAUGGAGGAGGGGGAUCCUUUCGUUCCUCCUGACCCCAACAAUUCUUACAUCUCCAAGGUCCGGGGCCUUGUGAGCGAAGAGCAGGCACUCUUGAAGAAGCGGAAAGGCGCCUUCUGUGACCGCUCCUUUGCUCCCGGAAGCUGUGGGCCUGAGUUCCCACGGUCCUGGACUUCCCGGUUCACCAUGGAGAACGGCGUGUCCCCUGCGGUGAUGAUGAAGCUGCGGUCUGCCAUGGUCCAGCUGCAGGUGGACGCCACCUUCCAGCAGACACUUCUCAACGAUGUCUUGCCGGUUGCAGCCCCUGAGUUCAACAAGGCCACCGAGGAUGGGGUCGUCUUCCGCAUCUACCGGAUCGGUAGCCUGGAGGUCCGAACAAUCCAGGAGCCCGGAAGCUCUGAGUCCGUGGCCGUGGUUUUCUCCACCCGUGCACCGAGCUGGGGACAUGCACAGCGGAAGGCCGUGAAAGAGGCGCACGGGCCAGAAAAGGUGGUGCGCGGCCGCCUUUAUCUCGAGGCCUUGGAUGCCGAGUCAGCUAGACGACUCGACAUGCGCUGGUCUAGCAAGAGGUCGGACUACUGUCACUAUUAUGUCGUGCUGGAGACCGAAGGCAACAACACCAUAGUGACGGAGAAGCUGGCCGAUGGAAGUACGCUGAUGUUCAUGAACCCGGAUGGUCUCGAGGAUCGCAACUCGAUGGCCAAACUCCUGUCGACAUCAGAAGACUGCAGGGAGAUGAACGUUGACGUGGCCAGGAUCAGGCAGUUGCAGAUUACCAGCAAUCGAAAGCUGCCGGAGGGCGCGUGCCCAUCCAUGCGAAAGCACUAUGCUCGCUCAGUUUUCGCGUUGGUGAAGCAGAAGGCUGAUGUGCCGAAGCAAUUUUCUCUCACAGCUCAGUGA